ACACAGCCUUAUUGUCUUUCAGGUGUUGAUCUGGAAUCGUCAUUGUUGAGCUUUGAGAAGCUGGAUCGAGCGUCCCCCGACCUGUGGCCUGAGCAGCUUCCAGGCGUUGCAGAGUUUGCAGCCUCCUUUAAGAGUCCCAUUGCUAGUUCUCCCCCCAAAUGGAUGGCGGAGCUGGAGCAUGACGACAUGGACAUGCUGAAAGAAUUGGGGAGUCUCACCAUUGCUAACUUGAUGGAGAAGGUGCGAGGACUGCAGAACCUGGCCUAUCAGCUGGGACUGGAGGAAUGUAAGUCACAGGACCGAGCAGAGCCUAUCUGUCAGUGGUCACACCCAAACCCACCCAUAU